AUGUUAUGAAUCGUCAGUGACAAUAUCGAUAGUUAUUGAAAUCACGAACGAAAUGUGUAGUGGCCACGAAGAGGAAGAAAGAGCGACUCGGGGCUCUUUUCCGGUUGUAUAGUGUGGUGUGUGAGAAUGAAGCAAAUAGUUACAAAUCAGACGGUCAAAAUCCCUGAGGGAUUGACUGUAACAGUUAAGUCACGCUUGGUAACAGUCAAAGGACCAAGGGGUGUCCUAAAACGUUCUUUCAAACAUCUCGCACUUGACAUACGUAUGAUUAAUCCAAGGUUACUGAAAGUAGAGAAAUGGUUUGGUACAAAGAAAGAAUUAGCUGCAGUUCGUACUGUCUGUUCUCACAUUGAAAAUAUGUUGAAAGGAGUGACAAAGGGAUAUCAGUACAAGAUGCGUGCUGUAUACGCUCAUUUUCCCAUCAACUGUGUAACAACUGAGAAUAAUACAGUUAUUGAAAUUCGUAACUUUUUGGGUGAGAAGUAUAUACGACGGGUUAAAAUGGCUGCUGGUGUAACUGUUACGAACUCUGCCAAACAAAAGGAUGAAUUAAUAAUAGAAGGCAAUUCAUUAGAGGAUGUUUCACGAUCAGCUGCACUCAUCCAGCAGUCAACUACUGUGAAAAACAAGGAUAUAAGAAAGUUCUUGGAUGGACUUUAUGUAUCUGAAAAAACUACUGUUGUACAAGAUGAUGAAUAAAUGUUAUUCUAGAAAAAUGGA